UGAAUCAGAAUAAUAACCCCUUCAAAGUUACAAGCUCCUCCACUGCACAGUGGCUGAAUUUCGUGCUUCUUGCGGGAUCUCUUCUUUUUUUUUGGAAUCCAAAAAAAAAUUAAAAAUGGCCAAGCCGCUAUGGAUUUUCUGUUUCGGAUUAUUCUCCUGGAUCAGCAUAUCCCAGUCACAGAUAAUUAUCAGCUGUCGGUUCCAAGGUGUUUUCCAUGUGGAGAAGGUUGCCAGAUACAGUCUUGGAUUUGAGGAAGCCAAGAAAACCUGCUCUGAACUUGAUGCCAUCAUUGCAACAAAAGAUCAGGUGGAAAUAGCACAUGAAGUUGGCUUUGAGACCUGCAGGUAUGGUUGGGUAGAGAAUGGCAGUGUCGUCAUCCCUCGUAUCACUGGUAAUCCCAUAUGUGCUGCUGGUUACAUUGGAGUCUAUGUGCUUCAUACUAAUGCGACUACACUGUAUGAUGUCUACUGCUACAAUACCUCAGAAACAAGCGAGAAGACCUGUGAACAGUAUGACUACCAUAAUAAGAGCUUGCCCUCCUAUGACCCAACUGAAGAAGUAGGAGACAUCCAUCAUUCUCCGUCCAGUGAAGUGAGUCCUACUCACCCUGGACAAGACAUAAGUUCGUCACUAACUGAGCAAGGAGGUCUUGUUGAGGACAGGACAAUCCACCCUCUGAUGUCUACCGAGUUUCCAGAACAUUCAGGCGAUCACCUUGGAACUAAAGAAGAUGAGGGAGGCAUUAAGAGUCCUAAUUUAGGACCCAACGAAAUCGAUCAAACUAAUGAAUAUGAUGGUUUCAUCGAAGUAAUGAUGACGACCGAUGAUGACUUUUUGGCCGGCUCUGAAGACAACAGACCAGCUACAGAUCCAACUAUUCAACGGGAGACAGGAUCUUUCAAUGACGGGAAACCUUUGGAAGAUGAUAAGGAUGGCAACAUUGAAAUGACUCCUGAGCCUGACUCUACUGAGUAUGACCCGAAGUCUCCUUUUGGAGGACCAACCGAAGGAAGUUCAGACUCCAGUAAGAACAAACAUCGAAGGAAGGCAGCAGUUCCAGAGUGGUUGAUUGUCUGCGUCUCCUUGGUGUGCCUGGGUCUGAUCUUCUCAGUCUGCAUCGCCAUCAACGCCCGCAGAUUGUGUGGCCAAAAGAAGAAGUUGGUGAUUAACGGUAACAAAGCUUCUCCAGAAGACGGUGUUAUCAUGGAACACAAUGGAGACACUGUAAAGUCUCAGGAGAUGGUGCAGCUGGUGUCCCGAGACCAGACCGGUGACUUCGGAGAAGGUGAUGGUUUAUCACAAGACAACAUGAGGAACGCAAAGGACACGAACAUGAAAAUUGGAGUCUAGUCAACUUUUUAAGCCAUGUGGGGGAACUCUACUGCAAAUGAAGAGAACUGGGACUGGACUUGAAAAAUUUAAAGAGCAACUGAUAGGACCUUGUGUUAACAAUCAAUUUGCAAAUCAUGCCAAAAAUAGUUGGCUCCCCAGUAUGUAUACGAAGACAGACCCCUUUCACUGCUUAUGGCUCGUAUUCAUAGGAUUCUCAAAAUGCAGUCGUGAUGUGGGAGUGAAGGGCGGGUAAAUGAAGGCCUGAGAUGUGCAAAAAAAUUGAGACACAAAAAAUAGGCAACUAAGCGCUUGGUUCAUAGCAAACACAUGGAAAUUGAUUUGUACUGCUCACUGGAUUUAGGUUACAUAGUCUAUAGGCUUCCAAGAGUCACAAUUAGCUCCACAACAUAUUUAGAUCUAAGGUACAAUGUAAAUAGCAAAGAAUAUGCCAUAUUUAUAGAAAAAAAAUGUUUGUAUAUGCAGUAGAUCUUCCCCAAUUACAAUGUGUUUUGAAUGUAAGGGAUGACGGAGGGUCACUCCAAUGGUCCAUCCACUGGAGUGGUCGGAGGUCUACGCCAAUGGUCCAUCCACUGUAUGGGUCUGAGGGUCAAAUUUAGAGUAAUCCUCUAGAGUGGUCUUAGGAUCACACCAAUGGUCUGUACUCUGUAUAGGUCUGAGAAUAACACCAAUAGUCUAUCCUCUAGAGUGGUCCGAGGAUCACAUCAAUUAUCCAUGCUGUGGAGGAGUCUGAAGAUCACACCAAUGCUCUAUUCUCUGUAUGGGCCAGAAUCACUCCAAUGGUCCAUUCUUUAGAGUGGUCUGAAGAUCACGCCAAAGGGCCAUACUA